AGGGCCGAGUCUUAUAUACCAAUCGACUCAGCUCGACGAUUUGGGACAAUUGAACAGCCCCACAAUAGUAAACACCUAAAAAUGCGCAACCAACAAGUCUAUGGUUGACCUGAAAGAACUCGCCACUAGCGAAUUUGCAAACGCAGCGGCUUAAGUCGCAGUGCACAUAGCACAACAAACGUGAGUCACUGUGUUGCUCGAAGAAUUAAUGAUUGUUUAUAGAUAUCCGCGGUAAAUAAUCAAUUUCCAAUGACACCGGCGGCAGGUGUUUAUACGGUUGUAUAGAAUUUGGCUGUGCCAAUAUUAAUUAACGCAAUUAUUUACAUAGGCGUGGCGUUUUUAUGAUUGUGAGCGCAUCGAUACAAAUGCAUAAUUAUGUUCGGGAAAUAGAGCGUUCAACUGCUUACGAAUAGCUUUAGUUAGAACAAGAGAACACGAGGUUCUAGCGAGAACCGAAGGCUCACUAACAUUAAACCAAUUAGGAAGUACUCACGUUCGGGGAACCUUCGUAAAAUAAUAGAAGACAGCAAGAGUUACUUUAAGGUAGAGGAGAAUAGGAAUACAUUAACAUAAAAACUACAAACGAAGGAGAGAGAUAGAAAGCGAUGUGACACUAAUACAAAUAUAAUGUCAAUCGCAUGCUGAACAGGGAUAGAUAGUCAAUAAUUGAAAUCUUGCUGAAGUAAGCAAGAAAUUUACUAUAUAAACUUCAGAAGGUUUAGAAUCGAGGCUUUUUUCUUUUUCUCCCUUUUCAAUUAACUCGAUCAAGGCUGGGCCCCAUGUACUGUGCGUACCUCUGGCUGCCAACAACCGAGAUCGAUUUUAAGUUUUGAAUAGUUAGGCGCGAAAAGAAUCGCACAGUAGGGUAGUCUAUACAGAUGUGUACAAAAAGUAGGAGUAAUAUAUGUUUUUCUAGAAUCGUAAACCUGACUUUUGUGUUUAUUUCCGUUCGCGUUUUCCCCGUGUUAGGAAGGGAAUAAUAUGUUGGUAACGUGUUGCGCGGGAGUAGCCGUUGCGGGUAGGUGCAUGUGGUGACAGCGGUUUAGCAAUCCUGAGAGAUUGCAGGACGCAUUUAUGACUGGAGGCUAAAAUCAGCUAAAGUCUUCAGAUCAGUGUAUACCAUAAAGUGAGAAGAAAGGUUACAUUUUGAAAGUGUUUGAGCGUUUUUUAGUGAAUAAGUUGGCAUUUUACCGACUACUAUCGUCAAAGAGAAAAAAAAAAAACAUCGAGACAGGCGUUGGUGGUAACCAGUUUUAAUGCCUGAAAUAAGUCUCGUCGCGAGGAAACCUUAACCAUAAGUGUAGAUCCGAGAAAAGCAGAAAUUCGACGAUUUCUGAUCGUGUUAAUAUUGAAUGUGAUGAAAAAAAAUGCGUAAAUUGUCUGCGGAAUUUGAUGGUGAAAACUGAAGAAAAAUAACAAACCACGAAAAAUACGAUAGCUUAAAUGUGGAAAAAGACAAACACUCAGCAUAUCUGAUCGAUUCAGUGAAAGUUUCUUUGUUCACAAAACUUUGGCAGAGUGCGUCAACGAUCUCUACGAAUACAUAUGCGCUUGCUACGAGUUUAAGGAUCUAGAUCAUCUCGACAGGAACUAACGAGUAGAUCAACAAUGCAGCUCAGAACUAUUUUCGCUGGAGUUUUCUUGGCCAUGGCGAACGCAGCGUUGAUUCUGGAAAGACUCAAUGAUGUAUUACUGGCACAAGGGGUCUACGAUUUUAAGGUAACGCUAACGUAUAAGAGUCUUGUAGAGGAUCAAGCAGAAUUAGAAUCGGCACUAAAUGCUUUUAAUGAAACCUGUACAGCGCUAAUAGAAAGAAUUCCUAAUUUGAAAUGCGGGGUCAUAACCUCGGUUUGGAGCAAAGACACUAGUGACAUUGCGAACAUAAACACGUACAUCAGGUAUUUCUUUAAAACAAGAACACCAAGAGGGUUUUGGUCAGCAAUUGGAGCAAUGGACUCCGACGACAGAACUAGAAUUGACGAAAAUAUGGAUAAACUUAGACGAAACGAAGAAAGAUUCAACAAAAAUACAGAACAUCAAGCGUCAGCAAUAGAAAAAAUAUACAAUUUCGUGAGCAACUCAACAAUCACCAUGAAUAAGGCAGUCGAAAGCAACAAUAAAAAUUUCGAAUCUUUAAAAACAGAAAUCAGGAACACUCUUAACAGAGCCCAUGACAGAGAUAAAGACCUAUACCUAGAAGCAACACUCAUGGAGAUAGGCAUGUGGUAUAACAGUAUGAGACAAAACUUAAAACUAAAACAAAAAACGUUGAUAGCAAUAUUACACGCAGAAAACACAAAGAGCCUCGACCUAGCGGAAAUAAUAAACCCAGUACAACUAAUCCGAACAUUAGACAGUGAGGAAGCAACGCUGAACGACAACCUUACUUUCCCGAGAAGAGCAGACGGGGCAAUUAUGCCAGAGAUAUUAAAUACACUUCAUUACUACGUAAACCUCACCAACGACUUAGAUAUAAUUAUGACACUUCAAAUUCCGCUCGUGAAAAAAAGCAAAUGGUAUGCGUAUAAAGGCACAAUCGAGCCAAGCAUAACCGGAAACAUAUUGACAAUAUUGCACUUAGAGGAAGACAUAAUAAUAAAACAAGAAAACAACUGGGGAUAUGUAUUAACCCAGGCAGAUUAUAACAACUGCGAUAGAAUAGGAGACACUAGGCUUUGUAACUUAAGCAAUAUAGAGAGAGACCUCAAACAAGAGGACACAUGUAUGGCCGCGCUAUAUUUUAGAAACAUAACGACGACAUGCAAAACAAAAGUGCUGCAGUUGAACCACGACAUAUGGUUGGAAACUGCAAAUAGGAACAUAUGGACGUAUUUUACACCUAACAAAUUGAAGGUAUCCGUUUUCACGGGGAAGAACGUUACGGAAACUACAAUACAAGGCAAAGGAAAUAUAAAAUUACUGCCGGACAUGAUGAUACAGACGGAUAGUAUAAGAAUUACACACUUCAGUGAAACACAAGGUGAAACAAAAUUAACAUACCACAUACCACAUACGGACAUACCAAAUAUUUCUAGUAAAUGGAAGGAUAAGGGGAUACCGUCUCUUUCAAAACGUAAUAAGAUAGUUUCGUUAUUUGACACAAAGAAACUUUUCGACAUAGGGGUAGAAGUCGACGAAAUAAAAAACCAUAGAACCACGCUAGAAAAUUUAGCAUAUGCCCCUCUAGAGAACCCAUGGACGACAUUUAGUGUCUUCUUGGUCAUAGGAGGAGCUUUAGGCAUAUUCUUCCUAUGUUUCAAAGGGGAGAUAUCAUGCUGCACACGGAAAACCGUUAUAGAACCACACAUACCAAAUAUAGGACAAAGGGAAAACAGAAGACAAACGAAACACACACUGGAUAGGAACAUUAUAAGCAAAACGAAAUUACAGACCAUAAAUGAGAAGAAAAAAGAGAAACAACCAGACAUGAACAUGCGCUUAAAUAAACAACAACAAAAAAUUCAGAAGGCAACGCCAAAUACUAAAGAAGGGGGUACAAUGCAACCCAAUCAACAAAGGACGCAAAAUAUUACGACAGCGCAUACUAGUAAACCAGCACUGAAAAAAAUGCAAGGAGGAAUAAGAACGUAUUGAGCAACAAAACGCAAUAAGAGACACAAUGCAAAUUAAAUAAACAUGAUAAUCGUUGUCAUUAAUUAACAUGGAUAUAAGCAAUUUACAAUAUGAGGAAAAGCGAAAGUGAAAGGAAAAUAAAGAGUAAAUAAUCAACAGUGAGAACAUAAAAAAACAUUAACAUAACAUAAAAAAAAAAAAAAAAAAUUAGAUAAAGGUAAAGGUAUACAAAUAUGAUAAAAAGGAACAAAAUUACCACAAAAUGGGUAAUAGUUCGGUUGAUAUAAGAUGAAGAAAAGCUUUUAAAAUGCGAAUACAAAAAAGGAGUAUAAUUGACGAAAAUAUUUAUUUGCAACUAAGAAAGUAAUAUUUGCAAAGCCAGAAGCAAAAGUAUGGAAGAAAUAAAGAACAUACUACAAUAUAAGAAGGAAAAGAUAAAGACAGAAUUUAUUGAAAACUCUUAGAUUAUAAAGACACAUGCGGCGCAAUAUAAAUAAGAGGUUAAAAGCAUUGGAAUGAAAAAGCAUAUCAGAAAAGCUGCAAUAAAAGGAAGCGGGAAACGCCUGCGAGUAACGCAGAAUUACAAUGCAUGAUUUACAAAUAAUAAAAGAUGGAGACUCACUCUGGAAAUCAUGAAGCAGAACCUAGACACAAAGAAAACAUGGACAACAAUAUAUGAAAAGAAUGAACAAUUUUUAAUUGGAAUUAUUUUUUUUCUUACCCUACGCUGGCCAGCGGAUAAAACAUAUGCAAUAUUGAUUAAGAAUCAUUUAUAUCACUUAAUACAAGUAUGAAAGCAUAUGAGCGGACAAGGGAACCGGAACCCGGAAUGAGUAUGAAUGUCUUUAUUUUAUGAACGUGAUGACAAAUUCUAUUUACAUGACGACUAAGAAUCGCAGUCGAAUUAAAAUAUACACGAAAAAGAAAAACGUAAAACAUGAACGCAGCGACAGAAGGACACAACAAGAAGAAACACAAAUAUAACAUGACCUACAGAGAAGAUAAUACAAUAAAGGGAAAAAAAAGGUUAAACAAGAGGAACGUUUAAUUAAAAACGGCAAAAGUGAUAAAAACCAAUGCAAUCAUGAAAAAGCAAAGAAAGUAUUCAAGGGGGGCUAAAGAAAACAAAAUAGAAGGGUUAAUAAUAGGAAGCUUACAUACUUCCGGGGAAUAAUAUUUUUACGGUAUCUUUAUAGGAUCACCCUGGGUUGUCAAAUUGAGAAGAAUACGAAUUAAGAAGUAACAGAUGAAAUGAAGAAAAGCGUCUGAGGGGAAUAAUUAAAGGAGUAAUGACAUACAGGAUACAGAUGGAAAAACAACGGUUGAAGGAAUGUUUCAACAAACACGUAAAAUAUAUAAAUAAUACUGGAUACGAAUCAAACAGAUAUCCAUGCCCAAUAGCAGGGAACUUCAUAGGAUGAAAUUAAGUAAUAUAACAAAAACACCUAACAGACAACAUAUCGGAAAACGGGAAACAAGAGAAAAACAAAUAAAGUGGAGAAUUAUGAAUAAAUAAAUAAAACAAAAUAAUAAAGAAAGAAUCUAAGUCUAAUUUCAGUAAAACCAGGUCCCACCUGCAACCACCUUACUGGAAAGGGGGGAGGAGGCCACACCAAUCCGAAUAAAGGAUACCACAAUCUCGCCGAAAGAAGGAAACAUAGGUAACAUUCAAUCACAUUUACAGCGCACUAACAAACUAAGCUAAUCACAACAAUUCGAAGCAAAUUACUAACAAACUACUAUGUCUUCAUAUAUAUAUAUAUAAAAAAAAAAAAGAAAACAGCAUAGUACUAACAAACGGUUAUUUCUCCAUAUGAAAAAAAAAUAACAUAACUAACAUUACUAACCACUUGUUCGAACAAACAUAGAUUAGAUAGAAUACCCGAACGUGAAGAUAGACUAGAUUGAAUGCGCAAACGCCAAUAUAUGAUUUAAUAAGCGAUGAAAAUUACAUAAUAAGAAAGAUUAGAUUGAAAUGCCCAAACGACAAUAUAUGAGCGAUGAAAAUUACAUAAUAACAUUAAUAAGCAAAAAAAAAAAAAAAUUUUUUUUUACACAAUUUAAUAUCAAUUUAUUAUCCACAAAGAAUUUUUUUGAAAAGCAACAAACAAGCAAGUGAAAUCUGAAGAUCAGGGACAAAAGAAAUUUUUCACCCCCAGGAAGCCAACAUCACCACAUACUUUUGGUCUGAAAAUUUAUGAUGACAAAGGACGAAUCAGGCGGAAGACAGAGGGUUGAAGGUGUUGGGUUGUGACGGCAAGGGCGGAGCAACAGUGAAGGAUGAGAACUGGACCAACGAACGAAAGGGCAAAACCGGAGCGGGCAAAUAAAUCGAAGGUAGAGAAUGGUUGUAAGACAAGCCGCAAUAUGAAGCAAGUAAAAGAAAAACCAUAGCAAAGAAUCGGAGUCGCAACCAC